CGUUUAAAAAUUGUUUUAAUGUUUCUUCUUCUUCUUUUUUUCCAUAAAACUCUCGAGGACAUUAUAAAUUAUGUUUAGAAAAGGAAUUCAAAUUGAAAAAACAAAAUCUUAUCAUGCAAUUUUUUAAUUUUAAUUUUAAUUUUUAUCUUGAUUAAUCUAACCAUCGUAUUCGUUGGAAUAAUAAACUAAGAUUUUUUUUCCCCAAAAGAUAAAAAGUAAUAGUAGUAAACUUACCAGGAAGGUAAUAAUAAAUUAAAGCGGAAGAAGGCAAAUUAAAUUGAGCUUUCAUCUCUAUCCGAUCAGCAACCCACUCAAACUCACACUCACAUAUGCGAAUAAACUUGUGUCAGAAUACACACACACGUAUGUGUAUAUGUAGGUGGAGUUUCUGAAAUGAAUCAGUACUUGAAGAAAUGUGACAAGAGAAGAGCUGCGGAAGAAAUGCAAAUAAGCUUGUGCUGUGUGUUUGGAGAUGCAGAAUUGCCGGAGAAUGCAUCGUCUCCGGCAGCGCCCGGCACCUCCCUUGGCUGUAAAUAUGAUGAGUUGCCGGAAGCUGAGAGGCCGCGACUGAGAUCUCCAGAUCUGGAGGCUGUUGAUAGCGGGCGGUCCGAACGUUUUGCAAGGGAGAUUUCCACGUCCACCGGUGUUAAUUUUAGCAGAGAGGCGGCUUCAUCAUUCGAGAUUUGUGGAGGUUCGGAGCAAGUUAUGGCAACGGAGAAGGUGAAACUAGCGCCGCCAGCUACGGCGCGGAUUCACCAAAGGAAACCGCCAGUUUGUGCGGCGAAGACGCCCUCGGCGGCGGAGCUGGAGGAGUUCUUUACGGAGGCAGAAGAGUACGUCCAGAAACGAUUCGCUGAGAAGUACAACUAUGACAUAGUCAAGGACGCUCCAAUAUUGGGAGGGAGGUACCAGUGGGUUCGUACGCAUAUUUAAUGUUGAUAAUUAAUUAGAAAAUAGAAGAAGAAAAAAAACAACUUUUGAUACACCUUGAAUUCCUAAUUAUUUUCUUGAUUGCGUUAAUUUAGUUGUUCUUCUAGAGGGGCGUUGCCUGUAUAAUCUUCCUAGCUAGUUUGCUUUCUGAUGGCGAAAAUGGAUGGUGUUUUCAGAGUUAAAUGGUACUUCAUAUUUUUCU